AUGAAGAGGGAGAGUGCUUAUUAUUUAUCGUCAAAACAUUGGUUGGGAAUUAUAUUAAUUAUAUUAAUUGGUGGAGCUGUUGGAGUCGCACUUCCAUACGCUCUUCGUGUACAAGAAGGGACCACAUUCGAUGAUAGAUUAGCACUUGCCACGUCAUUACUCAAACAAGUGCCUCUUAUCGAUGGGCACAAUGAUCUGCCUUGGAACAUUCGUAAAUUUUUACAAAAUCGUUUAAAAGAUUUUAAAUUUCGUGAAGAUCUUCGUAAGGUGAAACCCUGGUCAUCGAGUUCUUGGUCGCAAACGGAUCUACUUAGAUUAAAAGCAGGACACGUGUCGGCACAGUUUUGGUCGGCUUACGUUCCGUGUCAGGCUCAAUUUAAGGAUGCCGUUCAAUUGGCUUUCGAACAAGUCGACGUGAUAAGAAGAAUGACGGAAAGAUAUCAUCCAGAUUUGACACUAUGCACAACAUCCGAAGACAUAUUAGCUGCUCACACUCGUGGAAAAUUAUGCAGUUUGAUUGGUGUUGAAGGUGGUCAUUCUGUCGGUUCAUCUUUACCAGUUUUAAGAGCACUUUACCAAGUUGGUGUACGAUAUCUGACAUUAACAUCAACCUGUAACACACCAUGGGCGGAAUGUUCUUGUCCUGAUUCUACGAGUCAAAGAACAAAACCUUCAGGAUUAACAAAUUUUGGUAAAAGCGUCGUUAAAGAAAUGAAUAGAUUGGGCAUGGUUGUUGAUUUAUCACACGUGUCAGAAGCAACAAUGAUCGGUGCAUUGAACGUGUCAAAAGCUCCCGUUAUAUUUUCACAUUCGUCUGCUCACGCCGUUUGUAAUUCUUCUAGAAACGUCCCUGAUAGAGUUUUAAAAAAAUUGGCUGAAAAUGGCGGAGUUAUAAUGCUCAAUUUUUAUUCGAAGUUUUUAUCGUGUAAGGAGAAAGCAACAGUACAAGACGCCAUAGCCCAUAUAGAACAUAUAAGAAACGUUGCCGGUGCUGAACACAUAGGUUUGGGUGCCGGAUAUGACGGAAUCAAUAAAACUCCGGACGGUUUAAAUGACGUAUCAUCGUAUCCUUUACUUUUUGCUGAACUUUUAGCUGCCGGAUGGACGGAAGAUCAUUUAAAAAGAUUAGCCGGAUUAAAUUUUUUAAGAGUUUUAAAAAAAGUCGAACAGGUGAGAGACGAAUUAAAAGAAAUCGGUACGACGCCAUCGGAAGACGUCAUAGCUCCACGUUUAUUGGCUCCUCAUUCUAAUUGCACGUCGAAAACUCUUUUUUAG